AUUUUGUCGCCGUCACCGACCCGGCGAGAGGCAGCGCGGGGCCGCGGCCGCCGAGAUGGUGAAGCUGUUCAUCGGGAACUUGCCACGGGAGGCGACGGAGCAGGAGAUCCGCUCGCUGUUCGAGCAGUACGGCAAGGUGCUGGAGUGCGACAUCAUCAAGAACUACGGCUUCGUGCACAUCGAGGACAAGACGGCGGCCGAGGACGCCAUCCGCAACCUGCACCACCACAAGCUGCACGGCGUCUGCAUCAACGUGGAGGCCAGCAAGAACAAGAGCAAGGCCUCCACCAAGCUGCACGUGGGCAACAUCAGCCCCACCUGCACCAACCUGGAGCUGCGGGCCAAGUUCGAGGAGUACGGCCCCGUCAUCGAGUGCGACAUCGUCAAGGACUACGCCUUCGUGCACAUGGAGCGGGCGGAGGACGCGGUGGAGGCCAUCCGCGGGCUGGAUAACACCGAGUUCCAAGGCAAGCGGAUGCGCGUGCAGUUGUCCACGAGUCGGCUCAGGACCGCGCCCGGGAUGGGAGACAAGAGCGGCUGCUACCGGUGCGGGAAGGAAGGGCACUGGUCUAAAGAGUGUCCGGUAGAUCGCCCGGGGCAAGUGGCUGACUUUACCGAGGCCUAUAACGAGCAGUACGGAGCCGUGCGCACUCCCUACACCGCGGGCUAUGGGGAGACCAUGUAUUACGAUGACGCGUACAGCGGGAUGGCCGACUACUACAAGCGCUACCGCGUCAGGUCCUAUGCGACGGCCUCUGCAUACGACGCCUAUGCAGAGCAGACCAUGGCCCAGUACUCCCAGUACGCCCAGUACUCCCAGGUCCAGUCCACGGCCAUGGCCGCCACCACAGCCAUGGCCAGUCGCAUCCCCACCACCCUAGACCCCUACGAUAGAGCUCUGCUGCCCACCCCGGGCGCGGCCGCCGCGGUCGCUGCCGCCGCCACCGCCGCGGCGGCGGCGGCCUCCUCCACCUAUUACACCCGGGAUAGAAGCCCCCUGCGCCGCACGGCAGCCGCGGCCACCACCGUCGGAGAGGCGUACACUUACGAUCGUAGUCAGCUGUCGCCGGUCUCGUCGGUCGCUCGGGCCUCCCUCUACGACAUGCAGCGGUUCGAGCGCGACCCGUACGCGGACAGGGCGCGGUACUCUGCCUUUUGAGC